CGCGUUCGCUUGGCCAGCGCGCUCGUCCAUGUCGCUUUCUUCGCCUAUCGGUGUGUGCGUGCGCCUGCCUACGUGUGUGCCUGUGCACGCGAGUGUGUUUGUGUGUGUGUGUGUUAACAAAAUGUGAUUAGCAAAAAUACAAAGAAAUCAGGCAUAGUGGAACAAGGCAUUGUGGCUGAAACAACACUCGGCGGUAGUAACAGUCGCCACUAAAAACAAUAACAACAACGACCACAAAAUAUAUGUAUAUUAAUAAUAGUACACAAAAAACAUAUCUUUCGAGAUAUACACGAAAUGCGAAAAUUUGCAUAAAAAGCAAUGCGCUGGCGCGGCAACAAAGCGCGGCCGUAAAAAAUAAGUAACGCCAACGACAAUUCUGAAUUCAGAAAUUUGUGCUUUAUCGGCAGCGGCAGCAACAAUUAAAUUAAUAUUGAACUACACCCAAAGUUAACAAAAGUAGCAGCCAUAAAAAAAUACAACACCACAGCCACAACAACAACAAAAGCGGCAACAACAACAAAAGCGGCAACAGCAACAACCACAAACGUUGUCUACCUUUUUUACCUUUUCAAGUCUGCUUUUUUUUGGUUUGGUUUUGUGUUGCUGCUGCAAGAGCGAUUUAUUGAGCGAUCCGAAUCCGAAUCGGACUCCGAAUCGCACUCCGAAUACGACUCCGAAUCCACUGCGACCAGUUCCAGUUGCCCGAAGUGAUACUGAUAUGACCAGCUGUCUGCCAGCAGCCGCAGACGCAGAUGCAAUCCGUUGCCGCAGAUGAAGAGUUUUGAAGAAUACUAAUUGGGGAAUUCUCCACGAUGCACGAACUUUUCAACAAAGUGCUCGCCAAACGCGAUCUCUCAAGAGCCGGAGAUCUCUUUUCCGUGCCGGAUGCGGACAUAGUCGACGACAUCACGGAGGUGCUUUCCGAGAUCAGUCCGAUCAUCUCGCAUGCGGACUAUGUGAAGAACAACAAUGACCAGAGUGUGGUGGAGAUCUGUGUGACAAGGGUGCUGUCUUGCAUCCGGGAAACCAAAACUGCAGAGCGGUACUGCGCUGCUCUGGUGGAUCUACUGAGGACCUGUCUGCUGUGGAACCUCCAGCCCUCGGGAACCACAAAAGAUGAGCCACCCCACGCCAAGAUCGCUGCCGAUAUCAUCUCUAGCAUUUUUCUGAACUAUGACAAAAAAGAACUGAUGAAAAUAGCCCUUCCCGUCGCCGUGCAGUUCCUUCCAAAGGGAAACCGUGAGCUGUCGCGAAACUUGGCCAGUUACUUGUCACUGGCGGCCAUCGAUCACGCCUGCUUGCUGAGCCCCCAUACGGAGUCCGUGAUGGACUCCAUCCUGACUGGAAACUACGGUCUACUACGAGUGCUUUCGCAGGUGUACGAGGUGGCUCCGGAGGAGGUGACGCCACAUGCCCCACUGCUUAUGCCCCUGCUGCCACAGUGUGAUCCGCAGGAGAGGAUGGCGGUGUUCCAGCUGUACCUGCUGAUCGUUGCGAAGUCACCAGAGGUCCUGGAAUCGUGUGUUCCGCAGCUCUGUGGCUCCCUGCUCGAUAGCGACACAUCCAGCAUAACCAUGCAGAUUCUGCUAAAGCUUUCCCAGCACUCGCCAAGCCUUCUUGUCGACCAUUUCGAGCAAUUGCGCCUGGCGGCCAAAACCAACCCUGGAACGAUUCCGCUUUGUGCCCAGAUUAUGACUACCGCUGGAAUCGGGAGCAAGGAGACGGCCCAGCAAGCUCUGGACUUUGUGCUGGAGCAUCUGCCCACGCAGGCACUCCUGCAACAGGAGGCCACGCGCCUCUGCUCCGCCUAUCCGGUGUUGUUCACCGACAAGGUCCUGGCCUGUGUGCGGCAGAAGAACGCAGCGCUCAGCUCGCAACAGGAUGUGGGGAAUGGCUUGGGCAACAAGACCUCCGGUGGCGUUACCAUUGUCAGCUUGAACAGCUCCAGUCUCAGUCCGCCCCUUAAGCCAGCUCCGACUGGCGCACCGUCUGUAAACACAGCAAUUGUCCAGCCGGCCAGCGUAGCCAGUGCCACGCCCACACCACCACCCGCCUCCGCCUCGGCGCCUAUUGCCAGCUCCACGCCCGUGUCGGCUGCCACGCCCACUCCUCAGCAUGCGGGCUACACGCGGCGGGUGAAGCUGGGUGAUUCCCGGAGCACAGGUCGUCUGCAUCCCGCCAGCAAUACGCACCGGAGUGUGACCCGGUUGAAUGUGGCCAGUGGCUCCGUGGGAGGACUUCACAAGAGCAUGACACGGCUGAGUAACUCGCAGAUUAACCAGCAGCCUGGAGGCAGCUCCAAUGGCAAUGUGGUGGUGCAAUCGGGUGCCACUCCGAAGACGCCAACUGGCUUCAGUAAUCCGCCCGUGACCCCAGUGCCGCCGUUGAGCAACAACGUGGUCAUAACUGGACACAACCGACACGGCAUACCUGUGACCUCCGGAGGAGUGACUGUGACCACGUCGCCGUCGAAGGUGCGACCACACUCCCAAGGACCCUCAACGCUGCUCAACUCGAGCACGGUGCUGAUGAAGUACAGCACGGAUGCACUGAACCAAUCCGUGGGCUCGAUCUCCAUACCACAAUCGGCGGCGGUGGCCACUUUGCCAUCGACGCAGACACAGAAUGCGGUAUCCGUCCAUCAUGCCUCUCCGGCGCUGCCCCAAUCCUCUAGCAAUGGCCAUGCCAAGUCCGUAAUGAAACUGCCAGUCAACGGAAAUAGCGAAGUAAUCGUUUCGGGACCCACCACCAAUGUGGCACCUCGCCGAAGCGAUAAUACCAGCAGGACCCUAUUGAACGCCAACAGUGUCAUGGACCAGCGGAUGAGCACCUUUGAGCCAUACCAGAUUAUGCGCGAUCCUGUCCAGCAAUUCUGCGAGAAGAACUUCAAUUCGAUCAAGUCCUACAUGGACGACGUGUCGCAGCAUCUGCCGCCGCCCACACGUUGCAGCAUUGAGGUUUCCAAUGAAUUCGCAGAGCGUCGUACCAAAAAGGUGGCCAAACUGCACUUCGCCUGCCAGAUUCGUGGUCCCCACUGCCUCUACUCCAAAACUUGCUUUACGAUGCGGACGCGGAACCCCAAGACCUGGAUACAUAUGAUGUUCCUGGACUUUCAAGUGCGGCAUUUCGUGAAGGAGAAGUGCGUGCUGAGCACGCGGGAGUCGGGCAUCAGCAAUCUCAAGAACAUUUGGCAGAUACUCAAGUGCGAGAACCGCAGCUUCACCGAGCUGGUUACCAGCCAGUUUCCACAGGUCAAGGACCGCGAGAUCCUGGUGAACGAGCUGCGCCACUCGGGCUUUCUGGAUGUGUUCGAGGUGUCCAAGACAGACAAGUCCAACCCGAACUGCAAUGAGUUGGAGUACCAGUGGGGCUGCUUCCUCUGCAAUCAUCCGGACAAGGCGGUGGGCUUCCUCAAUGGCAGCAAUCAGCCCAUGAUCGAGGGUCAGCUGAAGGAGAAGAAGGGCAAGUGGCGACUAUUCAGGCGGUGGCGAACGCGCUACUUCACUUUGUCCGGAGCGCACUUGUCCUGCAAAGGAUCUAGCGGAGGUGAGAGCAUCGAUGUGAAUCAGAUACGAUCGGUAAAGGUAUCUCGUGGUGCGCGUAACAUACCCAAGGCCUUCGAGAUCUUCACCGCCGACCAGACAUUAAUACUCAAGCCCAAGGACGGCAAGAAUGCCGAGGAGUGGGUGCAGUGCCUCAGCAUCGUGGUGGCCCACUCGCAGGCCCGAGAUAAUCCCACGGCCAAGACGAACAGCUUGCCCGCCCGCAGCAUGGGCAGCAGCAAGCCCACCUUCUAGGAUUCUAGGAUGCGAUGCCAUCCCAAUACCCCAUGUGAGAUUAUUUGUAAAUGUAAAGACAGAGCAACGGCAACACACAAAAGACAAAAACAGACAAAGGAUCGGCGAGCAAAGGACUCUCCCGUCUAUAUACAUAUGCAUAUUGCAAUAUAUCAUUCUAUACAUAUAUAUAUGAUAUAUACCUUGGGCCAAUGUCCAUAGACUUAUCUAGCGUGUACUUACCAUUUCAAGGGAUUUCAAAAAUUUUGCGAAAUUGUUUUUAUCA